AUGAAUAAUGUUAAUAAUUAUACAGUUUCACAAAUAUACUUCAACAUCGCCGAGUAUUGUCUUUUUGGUAUUAUACUCGGCGUUAUAAUAGGUAUUAUAUUGUAUUAUAAUUUAAUAAACAGAAAGUAUAAUACAGUUGCUGGAUUCUUAUUUGGAGGGAAAAAUAUGUCCGUUAUUUCUGUGACAUUGGCUCUUAUUGCAAGUCACAUAACCAGCAUCACUUUGCUAGGUGUACCAGUCGAGAUAUAUCUAAGAGGAACGCAAUAUUGGGCGUCUGCUCUGUCUCUGAUCAUUGUAACAUUUCUCACAGCCGUUAUUUAUUUACCAGUGUUCCACAAACUCCAACUGUCGUCGAGUUUCGAGUAUUUAGAGAUAAGAUUUUCAACACACACCAGAACGAUUGCUGCCGUGAUGUUCAUCAUCAGCAAAUUGAUGUUGCUGCCUAUUGUUCCUUACGUGCCUCUCACAGCCUUCAGACUCGUCACAGAUCAAUUAGCCGAACGCAUUACGGCUGUAGUAUGCGUGUCUUGUGCUACUUUAAUAGCUGUCGGUGGACUACAGGCUAUAGUCACGCUCGGCAUGGUCACAGUAUUCCUGGCAAUAGCCGGUACUGGCUUGCCGAGUGGAUUAGCUCUUUUGCCAAUGGGCUUGGCGAAGAUGUGGGAACUUAAUAGUCUCGGCGGGAGAUUGGUUUUGUACGAUCCCGAUCCCGAAUUGGAGCACCACACGUCCUUCUUUGCAGUCACAUUAGCAUUAAGUACGAAUUGGCUGUGGAAAAUGGCCUUGAGUCAGGGAACUCUCCAGAAGCUCCAAGCGGUAUCGACGAUAAAUAAAGCAAGAGUAUGUUUGAUCAUUGCAUGCGUUGGAGUGAUCUUAAUGAAAUUGCUAUCUUGUACACUCGGCUUGGCGCUGUACGCUUGGUUUGUCGGCUGCGAUCCAUUGCUCGCUGGAAAAAUUAAGAAACAUGAACAGUUAGUUCCGCAAUUCUUGAACCACCUGUCAACAAUGUUUCCUGGUAUCUGUGGUAUAUUCAUUAUAUCGAUAUUCAGCGCCACUGCCGGGUGCAUAGCAACGAUAAUUAAUUCAAUAACUGGAGUGUUGUUUGAGGAAUUCAUAAGACCGUGGAUGCCGCAAGACACCAACGAACUAACAUGUUGCAAAAUCAUGAAAGUUCUUUGUAUGCUGGUUGGGUGUUACUGCGCAUGCGUGGUCUGGUUUGCGAAGGACUUAGACCGCUUGCAGCACGUCGCUUCAGGUGUGACAGGAGUAUCUGCAGGCACUUUACUAGGCUUGUUCACGCUUGGCAUUGUCUUCUCGAGGGCAAACAGUUGUGGUGCAUUAGGAGGGAGUUUGCUAAGUCUACUCUUAUGUGGAUGGCUGCUCAUUGGCGCGGAGAAUUCUCUAGCAAGAGGUGCAUUAACGUUCCAAGGAAAACCUUUGACAACCGCUGGCUGUGGCAAAGUCAACUUCACGCUCACCGCCUUUGAUACCACUACAACUCCAAUACCUAAUCUACUAAACCCAAUCGCCAGCAAACCUCUUCAGUCACUCUUCAGGAUAUCAUUCACGUACUGUCCGUUCGCUGGAGCUAUAACGGUGUUGCUUAUAGGCGUACCCCUAAGUUAUAUGACCGGAAAGUCUCGCACCGAUUCCAUGAACCCUGACGUAUUCUGCCCGCUGACCCAGAGCAUGCUGCACAAGCCCCAGAUGCGAAGCAGGACCGUGUCCGUGGAGGCCAGAGCUCCGAACACUCAGGAAGUGUAUUUAGCUUUGGACGAAGCUCUCAAGCACCUAAAGGAUGUCAUUGAUCGAUAAUAA